UUUCCAUUUUGAACUUUGCCACAUUUCCUUAUUAAGUCUUAUAUAAUUUGGAAACAUACCAAAACUUUCAAAAAAAAAUUUGGCAACCAACUUCCAGCCAGCCUUUGAUCUUGACCCAAAUUAACCCUUUGAAACGCCUACCAACACUUGUUGCUUUCUCCAUUUCACCUACCAGCAUUUCCCUAACCAAAUCAAUUGCCAAAAAAUAUGAAAAAUAGAAAUCUUCGCUGUGUCGUGACAAAUUGUUUUGAGAGUGGUGAGCAGGAUAGCAGGUCCAUGUACAAGUUUCCCAUAAAUCCGGUUAUCAGACAAAAAUGGAUGGAGAAUAUAGGCCUUGUGAAAGACAUUAACUGGUUUAAUACUCGCGUCUGUAGGCGUCAUUUUGAGACACAGUGUUUUGGUAAGACUAAAGUUUAUUCAUGGGCAGUUCCCACACUGUUUUUGGGUGAAAAACGGGUUUUGCACCAUGGUUUUAAAUCAAAAAAGAACAAUUUUGUCCGGAAAUGUUGCGUCAGGAAUUGUCCUUCACGUUCACCUCCGGAUAGAUUGCAUUUCUUUCCCUCGGAUCCCAAUCUUCGCAGGGAGUGGAUGGAUAUUUGUCACCUUGAGAUGGACCUCAAAUGGCUUUUUAUUUGCGGCAGACACUUUCGACGACAUUAUCUUCCCAAUAGCAAUGGCAACCUCAAAAAAGAUGCCAUACCAGAGCUUAAUUUAGGAACAGAAGGCGAAGAUCCCCUGGGAAAGUGCAUUAAGAGCAAAAAAUCGUCUCCUAAAAGAAGUAAAUUGUGUACCAAGAGCGAUGACUCGGGCAUCGACGAAGGAAGCUCCAAGAAGAGUAGUCCACCUGAUCCUUGUUCUAACUGUCUUGAUCUUAAACAACAAUUGGCAUCUGCCCUUCUUCAAAUUCAGCAGCUAGAGGAAACUCAGCAGGCUAAAUCAGACAGUGAUGAGGAGGAAGAGUACAUUUUCAUGCUAAUGAAGUAG